AAUGUGAGUGAUGAGCAAUAAAGAGCAGAGAGGAGCAGGAUCGUACGGACUGCCGAUUGCAACAAGGAGGGGCAAAACGGAGGGAGGGACACGGGGGGAGAUUCCUCGCAGUGCGCUGGAGAGACAAGCUACCGUGGACUCGUCGAACCUGUGUGACGCCGUCCUGUCGCUUUGAGCAGACGUCUACGCGUUGUCAUGCUCAACGCCUCAUGUGCUCUGAAGACUCGGGCGACCUGGAAGACGGCGAGAAGGGCGUGAUGGCUCCAUCUCACACAACCCCCCCCAGAUAUCCACCGGGAAUUCUGUCGGCUCAUCCACCUCAGCACUCGUCAAUGUCCUUCCUGUUGGUUUUCCGGCCGCUGAGCUCUCUGAAUAGAUGCUGCUGUCAACACACAUGUGAGUCUUAAGGAAUGCCGAUGAGAGCUCAUGAUCCGGAUCCCUGGCUGCACCAUGAUGCGUUUAAGGUGACUCUUCUAUUUCAAGACUUUACAUAUUUGGUGACGUUGGGCAGUUUUUAUAAAACAAAAUAUUUUUUUUUUAAGAAGAAAAGCCAAGAAGAUAAGCAACAAUAUAUGGAAGGUACUACAAAUAAGGACUAUCGAGGUACAACAGGAAUAAGGCGUUGCACAUAUUAAUGAAGAUUUAUUAACCUUAGUAUCUGUAUGCGGCCGAGAGGUUUUAAUUGCGGGUUUUCCAGGAACAAAAGAGACGCUCGGGCUGCAGUGACGGUGUUCUAAAGCAAUGUCACUUGCAGAACAACAAUCAUAAAAAAAAAAAAAGGGACAUUUGGGGAAUGGAUGAAUCCAACAGUCCCUCUCCUGCUGCUGACGUAUCUUCCAAGGAGAAACCCGAUCUCCCGCCAUGUGAGUUUUUUUUUUGUCUCAGUUCCACAGACAGAUUCUUCCACAUCCCGACACGCUGGCAAAGUGUCAGUAGUUCACGUCGCCGUGUCUGCUUUCAUUCAUCUACCGUGCGUGUCGACUGAAGCCUGACCCCAUGAGUGGAGGCGGCUCCCUGCAGCAACGCACCACCUACCUCAUCUCCCUAACCUUGGUCAAGGUAGAGGCAGUGGAGGAGAAUGGAGGGGAGACGGAGAGCAGCAUCCCCAAAAGGGAGACCCCGGCGGGAUUGGGGAACCAGUCGGGGGAUAGCGUGGGAGAAGAAGCCGGGGUGAAGGCGGAGACCGAAGGGGGAGCGUUUGGGGCCCAACUACUGGGGGCCGAGGGUCCCGUUUUUGUGAAAGGGGGUGAACCCUUUGAACUCAAAGAUGAAAGGCAAAGACCCCGUAGCCCCUUGAGAGAUAAACUCUCCUGCGUUGUUGAUGGUGGUGAGAAAUCACAGUGCAAACGUUCGAUCCCUCGAGCCAAGUCCCCAGAGAAAGACUUAACUCAGGCAGAGAAACCACUUGGUACCCUUGAGGCGAAGCAAACCAAGUCUAUACCCCCAACAGAGGUGCUUGAACCUGUCCGUACUCCGACCAGAACCAGUCUCCCCAUUCGUCCUGUCGGACAGCGACCUGUCAGUCUGCUCAAGUCGCACAGCAGCGUUGCCACCCGCGGUCGGGACUCCCGGGAAGGUAGAGAGCGCAGUCCGACUUCCGCCCAGAGUCUUGACCGUAAGGACUGCCGAAUGCCCACACGCUCGCCCGGGCCCUGCAGGGCCUCGUGGGCUGAGACAAGCAGGACGGAAGUAUGGCGGGACAUUGGAGAUGACGUCCAAGCCGGAAUACAGCUGGAAAUUGGAGGUGGCACGGCUGCAAUGCUGAGAGACAUGCCUCGGAAGGACAGAUUUAAAUCAGGUUCGACUUCGCUACCUGCACCAGCAACACAGGUGACCAAGCCACCGCGCAAGGGGAAAAGCCGUACACUGGAUAAUAGCGACCUGAACAGCCUCUCCGAAGACCUUGCACUGACCAGGGAGGCCCAGCAGGGCCAACGAGGCGCCUCCAAAGACAGGAAAAUGCUGAAAUUCAUCAGUGGCAUUUUCACAAAGAGCAGUUCAGGGGUUGCCGGGUCGACGUCGUCGUCAGCUGCUCCUAUCUUUAUACAGAGAGACUCCAGCGAGGAGGAAGUAAACAUUGCCAACAGUCAGGAGUGGAGCCUGAGCAGAUCCAUCCCUGAGCUGAGACUAGGCAUUCUGGGAAACCUUAAAAGUGGCAAGUCAGCCCUGGUGACCAAAUACAUCACAGGAAGUUAUGUUUCCAUUGAGAAGCCUGAAGGUGGAAGGUAUAAAAAGGAAGUGCUGGUGGACGGACAGAGUUAUUUAUUACUGAUCCGAGAGGAGGCCGGGCCACCUGAUGCACAGUUCAGCAGCUGGGUGGAUGCGGUCAUUCUGGUAUUCAGUCUGGAAAAUGAAGGCAGCUUCCAGGAGCUCUACCAGCUGUACAGCCAGCUCGACUCGCAGCGCACAGAUGUUCCUAUCAUCGUCGUUGGCACUCAAGAUAAAAUCAGCAGCAGCAACCCACGUGUGAUUGAGGAUCAAAGAGCCCGACAGUUGUGUAUUGACGUGCGUCACUCGCUCUUCUACGAGACCUGCGCCACCUACGGCUUCAACGUUGAUAGGGUGUUUGCAGAAGCUGCCCAGAAGAUCGUCAACCAAAAGAAGCAGGCGGCGCUUCAGGCAUGCAAGUCUCUUCCUAACUCGCCGAGUCACUCUGGAGGUUCCACACCCGGAUCGGCCUCGUUCCCUGGCCAGUUCAGUAAUGGUCUGAGCGGCGGCUAUGCCUGCUCCCUCCCCUCCACCCCCGUGGUCAGUCACAGAGAGCUGAGGGUGGCUCACGGGGAAGGGGGCGGCAGCUCACGUUCCCUGAAGAGCAUCCCCCGACGACCUUCCCUCUUCAAGAACCGAGACUUGGAGAAAAGAGGUGGAGACCCCAAAGGAGACUCGAGCAACACUCGUGGUAUUCCAAUCAAACAGAGCAUCCUUUGGAAGAGAAGUGGAAGCUCUCUGAACAAAGAGUGGAAGAAGAAAUAUGUCACCCUGUCCAAAAACGGCACAGUGUCCUACCACUCUAGCUCCAGUGACUAUAUGCAGAACAUCCACGGGAAGGAAAUCGACCUGCUGCGUGUCACAGUGAAGGUUCCUGGUAAACGUCCUCCCAGAGCCGUCGCACCCGCCGGUCCCUCACCUGUCCCCCCCGCCUCUGGAGUCAACGGGCUGAGUAAGGAACCAGCAGCUUCUGAAAGCUCCAGUACAGUCCCUCAACUGUGUCCAUCCACCCUCUCUGUGAUUGAUGACCGCUCUGGUGCUUUGUCGCCGCAAGGAGGAGACCGAAGCCUUCAGCGUUGCUCCUCGUCUUUGUCCGCGAAAGCACAAAGUGUCGAUGCCCUCGAGGGGGCGUCCAGUCCAUUUUCGGGAAAAGAUGUCGGCCAGUCCUCUCCCAUGACGGACCGCAAGAAGAACAGGAGGAAGAAGAGCAUGAAUCAAAAAGGAGAUGCGGCUGUCGGCCAGGCUGAAGCCAAACGCAAAAUGUGGAAGUUAAAGAGCUUUGGUAGCUUGAGAAACAUUAAUAAGACAGAUGAAGAAAAUGCAGACUUUAUCAUUGUGUCGUUUACCGGGCAGACAUGGCACUUUGAGGCUCAGAGUCUGGAAGAAAGGGACUCUUGGGUGUUGGCUAUUGAGAGUCAAAUUUUGGCAAGCCUGCAGUCCUGUGAGAGUGGCCGGAACAAGGCCCGACGCAGCAGCCAGAGCGAGGCUGUGGCACUGCAGGCAAUCCGUAACACCAAAGGCAACAAUCUGUGCGUGGACUGCGACGCACCAAACCCCACCUGGGCCAGCCUGAACCUGGGCGCACUGAUCUGUAUCGAAUGCUCGGGAAUCCACAGAAACCUGGGCACUCACCUGUCUCGAGUACGCUCCCUGGACCUGGACGACUGGCCCGGAGAGCUCACGCAAGUCCUGUCUGCCAUCGGGAACCACAUGGCCAAUAGCAUCUGGGAGGGUCGCACUCAGGGGCGAGCCAAGCCCACACCCAAAGCUUCACGCGAGGAAAGAGAGUCGUGGAUUCGUGCCAAGUAUGAACAGCGGGCGUUCGUGCCAGCCUUGCAGUCGGUCCCCGAGAUCCCGCUAACAGAUGACUGCAUGCCCGCAUGGCUGCUGUCUGCUGUGACCGAGAGAGACCUGCCCAGGCUCCUGCUCUUGCUGGCCCACAGCACCAAGGAGCUCAUCAACGCCCGGUCGGGCACAUCUGGCACAGCCCUGCACUCGGCCUGUCAGCUGGGUGAUGUCGUCAUGACCCAACUGCUCAUCUGGUACGGAAUCGACGUGAAAGCCAGAGAUAACCAGGGCCAGACGGCUAUGAUGAUGGCAAGAAAAACUGGCAGCAAAGGCUGCAUCGAUAUUUUGCUCCAGCACGGCUGCUCCGAGACCUCUCCUGCCACUGCCACACCGGUGCUCUCCCGUCGCUCCAGCACCGCCAGCUUGGGCCGAACCAGCUCCAGGAAACACGUGUCAUAGCGUGGGACAAGGACGCUUACUGUAUUUAUGUCCUUGUCAUCAUGACCGCAGGAAGUUACUCUGAAAGCUUCCAAAACAAGACACCUCGGUUGUGGGGGUUGUCGGAGAAAAUCCAGUAUACAGUAAAUUGAAAUAUAAAAUGUGUCUCGGAAGACUGAGCAACAUAUCAAGCCACUUAAAGCAAUAUUCGUUCCAUUUGUUGAUGACAGAUAUAUUGCUGAAGCGUCGUGUUGUUCUCGAACUCAUUCCCCAACGACGUGAGUAGAACCUUCGUAGCCGUUCAUCUACUUGUCUUUUGGCUUUUCUACACAACAAGUGCAAUAAAAUGGUGUGAAUCGAUGAAAUGAGAAAGUGACACCUCUGUUGGCGUUGGUUGAAAUCGGACCAAAACAGUCUUUUUGUCUUAACGAAUAAGACAUAAUGUAAAGUUACAAUAAAUCAUCAUGUGUGUGUGUG